AUGUCUCAUCUUCUACGCAACAUACACAGCAUCAUCUGCGUUUUUGAGAAGUAUGCCAAGAAUGAUGGGGACUGUAGUACCUUGAGCAAGGGAGAGCUGAAACAGCUGAUCCAGAAGGAGUUUGCCGAAGUCAUCGUGGACCCGUAUGAUCCCAAGACGGUUGAGACAGUGCUCCAUCUAUUGGACACAGACUGUGAUGGCAAAGUGGGUUUUGAAGAAUUCACGGUCCUGCUGUUCAAAGUGGUCAAAGCCUGUUAUAAAAAAGUUCAAGAAUGCCAGGUGCCCGCAGAUGGACCUUCCCAGAAACACAACAUCUCCACGCAGCAGCAGGAGAUCCAACUUCCCCAGGUGCCACCCUGUCCUUGUCAAAAACUUCUGCCCCCCAAAGAAGUUCUAGAUGCAGAGGAACUGCCUCAAGGACAGGAAAAGGAGAAGCCCACGUUGGAGAUCAGCUGUGAUCAGCCAGGUAAGGAGCAGCUCCAGCAGGAAGAGGUUUCUGCACACCCAAGAACCCAAACUUCAAGGGUUCAGUCAAUUCAGAAAACUAUUGAGGAGAUAAUAAGGGGGAAUCCCACCUGCCAGACCUCGCAGGUGGAAAUGAGAACUGAGCAGGGAACUGAGCAAGCUCAGGAGCAUCAACGUGCUGUUCCACCCAAGAAUCGAUGUCUUCAGGAGCCCCUCAGCCCAGAUCAAGAACCAAGUCAAGAUGUCCUACAGAACGUGACCCAGCAAUCAUUCCAACAACAUCAGGUGGAAGAGCGUUGCAACACCAGGCAGAAGGAAGAGACCUCCCAAACAUUGGUGCAAGAAAGGCAAACUCAGCAGUCCGCUCUGACAAUGGAGCAAAUUCCAACUGGGAAAGUAAUUCAUGAACCAUUGCAAGAAACUCAUCAAGGGCCAUUUGGUGGAAUGAACCAGCAAGUGCAAGCUGAAGAAAAAAGAUCAGCAUCUGGCCACAUCAGGAAUCCACAGGUGGUCCAAAUAUGUGACCAAGAAUUCAAUUCUGUCACGCAGGGACAGCAUCAGAUUGGCCAACAGAGACGUCAGGCUCAAGGAAUUGAGCAGAGUUCUGUUGUCCAACAGGACCAAGAAGUUCAAGUUCUAGGACAGGUCAUAAGUGGACCCCAGGAACAUCAAACAUUAACACCACAGGUCUACCAAUCCCACCAAGAAGAGGAAAGGAAGCCCCCAACAUUAGGACAAAGCCAAUAUGGUCUAUCAGAGCAAAGAGCUUUGCCUCAAGAGGUGAUCAAGCCUCAAGUAGCUGAGAGAUGCCCACAUUUCUACAUGGCCAACCAUCAGAAGAAGACAUAUCCACCCACUGGAUAUGAAGACCAACCAUCAGAAGAAGACCAAGCCAUCCAUUGUCUGGUGGUAUCCACCUAUGAAGUAUGA